CAAUACCAACGAAAAUCAAAAACCCUCUGGCAACGGGUGGCAGUGGCACAUCAUUCAUGGCCGCAACUUUAAACCCUUAACCUCCUUCUACAGUUUCUCCUCAUACAGUUUCUCCAUUUCCGUCGAAACCCCACAAACCCCAUUCUUCACCUCCCACUUUCCCGCCCUUUGUUUCUGUAUAAUGUCCCUCUCUCUCCUCUUCCAACUCUUUGAAAGGCCUUUUGCUCAUUGAGAUGCCCUCAAGAACUACUAGAGAUGCAGAAGCUGUUGCGAUUAAACCCUUCCUCUUCUUCCUCAGUCCCCAUUCUCUGUACUGCGGUUAAACCCUUUUCCUCUCUACCUUCCAACACCACCCCCUUCAUCUUUAAACCACCACACCCCCUUCUAAUGUCUGCUGCUUCCUCAUUUCACACCGCCGGCGGUCCCUCCCCCUUCACCUCAGCCUCUCUUUCCAGAAACCCUUCUUCUGCUGCCGUCUCUUCCCGCUUUUCCGCCGCUAAUUCCUCAAGAAAUUGCUUCUUGUGCAGAUGCGCAGUUGAUGCCCCUGCCGCAUUGCGGCCUUGGGCUGUGUUCAAGGAUAGUCGAAAUGGGUUACGCCCGGCGUGGCUGCACACGGAUUCUGAUAGGUUGUUUUCUUCUUCUUCUGUUGAGGGGUUGAAGAGCUCGCGAGUGAGUGUAGCUGGUGAGAAUGGUGGAGACGAAGAUGAAUUUGCCUGUGAUAAUGAUGAAGAAGGAGAGAAGGUUUUAGAGGAAAAGGGGUCGAAGUCGAGUAGGAGGCAGAAGAGUCUGGCUGGUGGAGGCGUGUUGGUUGGUAAUCCUGAUUUGUUGACCAUUCCAGGAGUUGGUCCAAGAAAUUUGAAGAAGCUGGUAGAGAAGGGGAUUGCAGGGGUGGCUGAGCUCAAGCAGUUGUAUAAAGAUAAGUUCUUUGGUGAUUCUAGCACGAAGAUGGUUGAGUUCUUACAGAGUUCUGUUGGAAUUAUCCACAGAAAUCAUGCUGAAAGUAUAACCAGUUAUAUAAAAGACAGUGUAGAUAAGGAGUUGACUGAGGACAGUUCAAGCUCAGAUGCAAGGUCAUCUCUGAAAAAACGUCUUACAUUCUGUGUUGAGGGCAACAUUAGUGUUGGAAAGACAACAUUCCUUCAAAGAAUAGCUAAUGAAACUCUCGAACUACGUGACCUGGUUGAAGUGGUUCCGGAGCCUAUUGGCAAGUGGCAGGAUAUUGGACCUGAACACUUCAAUAUACUAAAUGCUUUCUAUGCCGAGCCUCAGAGAUAUGCAUAUACUUUCCAGAAUUAUGUAUUUGUCACAAGGGUUAUGCAGGAGAGAGAGUCAUCUGGUGGAAUCAAGCCACUCAGGUUGAUGGAAAGGAGCGUUUUCAGCGAUAGAAUGGUGUUUGUGAGAGCUGUUCAUGAAGCAAAUUGGAUGAAUGAGAUGGAGAUCAGCAUCUAUGACUCAUGGUUUGAUCCAGUUGUGUCAACCUUGCCUGGGCUUGUUCCUGACGGUUUCAUCUAUCUUAGAGCAAGCCCUGAUACUUGUCAUCAAAGAAUGAAGUUACGUAAGAGAACUGAAGAAGGUGGGGUCAGUUUAGAGUAUCUCCGUGACUUGCACGAGAAGCAUGAAAGCUGGCUGUUCCCUUUCCAAAGUGGUAACCAUGGGGUUCUGUCCGUCAGUAAGCUACCAUUACAUCUAGACAAUUCUUUACACCCUGAUAUCAGGGACCGUGUCUUUUUCUUGGAGGGCGACCAUAUGCAUAGAAGUAUUCAGAAGGUGCCUGCCUUGGUUCUUGAUUGUGAACCAAACAUUGACUUCAGCAAAGAUGUUGAAGCUAAGAGCCGGUAUGCUCGUCAAGUUGCCGAAUUCUUUGCAUUUGUAAAAAAGAAGAAUGAAGCUUCUUCAUCAACUGCUGGCCAAGACGGUGCAAAUGGUUCCCAACCACAAGUAAUGCUGGCAAAUAAACGUUUAUGGGUACCGGGCAGGAAUCAUUUCCCAGAAUCAGCUCUAGGAUCAUUGGAUUUCAGGCGGGCAAUGUCUUACAUGUCUGGUUAGAGAUCAGAACCCUCCUCGUUGGUGUUUCUUUUCCAUUGUCAUACCCAGAUUCAUCUCAACAGCCUACUUGUUCUAUCUGUUGUGUUUCUGGUAAUUGUGGACCAAUGUGUAAAAAGGCUUGCUUCUUUUAGGGCUUAGGAAUGUAGGGAAAGUUGUAUGGUGUUAGUGUUGGAUUUGCUUUGGUAGGUUGUAAAACCCUCUUUCACUGUUAAAAAAGUUUGUCUAGUUAUCUUUAAUGAGUUGAUGGAAUCUCCGAGCAUCACCUAUUUUGUUGCCGUUUCUGUAUCCUCUUGGAGAUGGCAAGGUGAUGGGAGUAGGCCAUAAACUUAACAUUACCCUACUUGUAGUGCUCCUACAUAUAAAGUGUUUCUUAGGUUGGAAUUUUA